GGUGUUUAGCGUUCAACACCUGGUAGGGAACAGCUGUGCGGCGAGGCGGGCGGCGAGUCAGUAGGGCGGUGGAGGUCGGAGGGAGAGGUUGUGCUGAUCGACGCUCUGUGAAAGCUAGAGAUUGAGACUGAGACAGAGAGAGAGAGAGAGAGGAAGUGAGAGAUACAUCUUCUGGUGGAGAAAGCAGAGGAGGCGGCUGACAAAAAGGAGAUAAACGGAGAAAGACAUGGGUAUACCCGAAGAACGCCUGAAGCGGGCCGACUUCGCCAGCAACAUGGAUGCCGCCAUGGAAGCCAAGAGAGCCGCCAUGAUGUCCACGGCAUGCACCGGAGGAGUUGCCGCAACAGCAAGAAGUCCGUUUUCUACGGGCUCUACCACGGACUCGGAUGACAGCGUAGAGGUGCGAGUACGGAGCCCGGCGCAACCCAAGUACCGCAAACGCCCUCGUGAAGCUCGUGAGCCGCGCGAGGCGCGUGAGGUUCGUGACCUGCGUGACUCGCGAGAUUCACCAGUGAAGACGCAGCUGGAUGUGGAGAUGGAUGCGAAGCUGGAGAGUGAUGGCAGCGAUUCGGAACGAAGCGAAAGCAACAAGAGAUCCGCUGGUGGUCUCUUGGUCCCCAAGAAGCGCUUCAAGAGGGACUACGAAGAAGCUACUAAGAAGGAAGAGCGGAGUGAUGCCGAGUCAGACAGCGGACGCGAGAGGGACGAAGAAGCCAAAGUGUCUGGAUGUGCUCGGCAUCGUCAGGUCGUCUUCGAGUGCGCGAGCUGUCUUGAAGAGGUGGCCAGGAGGUUCGGUUGGCCGGCGCACGCCCUCCGCUCUCCGGCAGCGCCUCCCCCGCUGCCGCUGCCCCUGUCAGUCCUGCCGCCGAUGGCGCUACCGUUCUCGCCCUUCGUCGACCCCUUGAUGGCCUUCCGUGCGCUGGGAGCCGACCCUCGUCUAACUGCUGGACUCUUGGCGGGAGCGGCACCUCGGCCGGUAUCUGCACAGUCGGCAAGGAGACCCUCCCCAACUGUGUCUGUUCAACCUGCAGCUGUACAAGAAGAAGCACCUCUGGAUCUCACUCGUCGCACUUCAUCAUCGUCUUCCACGUCUUCGUCCAACCGCGGCGGAGGCAAGUUCAGCAUCGAAAACAUCCUCGCGGGAAGAACAGCCUCGACGUCCGAACGUCCCCAGGCACUUCCCGAACGUUCCCAAGCACUUCCUAGCGCUCCUCACCGACCAACUCCCUCGUCUUUGUCCCCUCCGGCACGUGCCGCGGCUCCCUCCAAGAAGCCCUCGCCUGCAGCCUCAGCAGCAUCGAGGAGGGUCGUUCUUCCGACAGCUGGCGGCGAAAGACGCGAGCUGGCGAAUGAGAGGGAGCGGAUGAGGGUGAAACACCUCACCGGAGCGUUCAAGGAGUUGAGCGCCAGCAUUGGAGGCAUUGCUACUGAGUGUAUUGGUACGUCUGGUGUCAAAUUCACGAAGGUCGCUAUCCUGAGGACGGCUUCGCUGUAUAUUGGUUAUCUGUCGCAUCUCUUGUCCGACGGCGCAGGACCUACUGAACAAAAGGUCUACGAUCAAAUGCGUGCAGCUAUUUUGGAGGUCAUGACAUCCAAAAGUAAAAAGGGCAAAGAUGAUGACGAUGAUGAUGAUGAUGAGAUGUAGGUGUACCGCGUCGUGGUGGGAUUGGAUGCGGCCGUCCGUGCCGCGCUGUGAUUGGCUGGUGGCUUUUCUCGCUAGACGUGCUCGAGUGGUGAUUGGUUUAGGCCGCGAGCCGACAGCUGUGAUUGGUGCAAUGGGGAGGGGAUUCUGCUGUGUUUUGUGACGUAUUUUUGCUUGUUGUUAUCUUCCGUGAUUGAAUAAUUGUUAAACAUUCCGUCGAAAAGUGCUUCCAAAGUGCCUGAAGUGUGGUGACGGCGUUUGUAAUGUUAUUUUUGACAGUAGAAGAUUGUAGUCUUCUGAUUGGUCAGCUAUGGCUGUAGUGGCAGCUGAUUGGCCGGUGGUUCACCGCGGAGAUCACUGAUUGGUCUACAGUAACCGCGAUAGCUGCUGAUUGGCUUUUCCCAUGAUGCAUAUAUGAUUGUUUGAAUGACGCCAAUAAUAGUAAAAAUAUAUAUUAUACUUAUGAACAUA